CUUUUCUCUUGCCUUUCCACUCUCUCUCUCUCUCUCCUUCUCAUCCAUGGUUUCUCUCUCCGUCUCUUUAAAAAAGCUCUCUAUCUUCUUCUUCUCUCUUUCUCCAAUGGAAUAAGCGGAUAACUCCUUUGUAUACUUUCCGACUCCAAUCUGUCAAUAAUUUCUUCCUUCUUCCGUUCCCUUUUGUUCCUCUCUUUAAUCUGUCUCUCUCCGUCUUCCUCCUCCGAUUGAUGACAAGGAAGCCUCACUGGAAGACCGAUACCAACAUCGGAAGGGUCAGGAGGGUAGAGCUCCGACGAGCCAAAGGAGCAGUUACUUGAUCGGCGAUCCGUUUCAGCCUCUCUCGGAUCCCUUUAGUUUUUCUUUUGGUUCAGAGAUCUUCUAUUAUCUCUAUUAUCUUCUUCAUUUUUCGGUCGUCUAAAAAAGAAAGAGAAGCCAAGGAUAAGGCUGUCUUCCCUGACUAUCACAUGGAUGUCCUAGUGGGUCCUACCUUCACCAUCGACGUUUCGCCUCCUCAGUCGGCGGCAGCGGCAGCCGGUUACUCCCUCUCCCAGGCGGAGACCCAGCGGUUAUUUCUGAAGCAUAGGGUUGUGGAGGGGGAAGAAGAAGAGGAUGGAUUAGUGCCUUCGAUCUCGAUCUCCAACCGCAGUCGAUUGGGUCUCUCGAUGGCUGGAUCUGGGAAAUCCCUAGACGAUUCAUCCGAUGGCUCGUCUUCCGUCGGCGCUCCCGACGACAGCGACGAGGAAGAAGAUGGAGAGAGCAAUAGCAGCAGCGGCGCCUCCUCUUCUAUGAAGAAAGGUCUCGGCUCGCUCGGCUCCAUGGAUGCUCUAGAGGACUCUCUGCCCUCAAAGAGGGGGUUGUCGAAUUACUUCACCGGGAAAUCGAAAUCGUUCGCGAGCUUGUCAGAUGCGUGUCUGGCGGUGAGCAAAGCGAAAGAUCUGGAGAAGCCGGAGCACCCGUUCAACAAGCGGCGGAGAAUUCUCAUGGCGAACAAGUGGUCGAGGAGAUCGUCGUUCUACAGCUGGCAUAACCCUAAAUCCAUGCCGCUGCUCACCUUGAAUGAAGACGAUGAUGAAAGCGGGGACCACAAUCGCCGCCGCCAGAACGAAGACGAUGAGGACCGCCGUGAAAGCCGGUCGUCAUCCUCGUCGGAUAAGGAUGAGGACGAGGACGAAGAAGACGGGAAGCGAGCGCAGAGGAAGCUCCUGCAGGAGAGGAAAUUCAACAACAGCUUCAAGUCCCAUAGCUGCUUCUCCCUUACAGAUCUGCAGGAGCAGCAACGGCAGCGAGAACUCAAUCUGCCUCCCCGGCGUUGAAGAUUGGCCUUUUUUUUUGUUUUGCUGAAAUUUCAUUUUCAUUAAUUGGUAAUUAGUAACUAUCCUUUUGAAAAUGUGAAGAAAAACAGAAAAUGAUGAUGAGCUCUGCUGGGUAUUGUUAUUAAUAAAAAAAAAAAAUCGUUCCUUUGUUUUUUCUUUUUUCCUCAAAUUUACUUCGCCAAUUUUGUACAGAUAAAUGCAAAAUAUGUUUCUGGAUAAAUAUUAUCUAUGUGUUUGUGUUUUUUUUUUUGUGCUAUUGAUAUUUUUAUUUUGGGGGUUGGUAGGGGUUAGAGAGGUAGAAGGGAAAUAGGAUAGGCCAAGUAGGCUUAUCUUUAUCCAUAAUAAUUUAUUGUCAUUAUGCAAAAAAUUUGUUUUAUUUUUAUUUUUUCCGCC